AACACAUUGGCAUCAAAGUAGAAGGAGACAAGUUUUAGUUAGCUAGUUUAGUUAACGUCGACUUUAGCGCGUGUUUUUUGAUUGUUUAUGUGUGUGUUAAGUGUUUAUGUAAUGAUAUUAUUAGUUAACUGUUAACCAGUGAUUUGUUUGAUCGCUACACGUCGUGUUGACUGUGAAGGAUGAAGAUUUAAAAGGCUCAAACGAUGCUAAGUUUACCUGUGGACUCUGCUACACAAGCUAAAGCUACUGUGUCAUGGUAUAUCCUAGUCCCACCAUGCAGUCAGAUGGGGACAGUGAACUGAGCCUGGACGCCCAACUGGCCAGUAAAGAAAGGGAGUGGAAGGAGCUCCAGGCUUUAAGGGUUCAUCAGCUGGAGAGUUCCCUCAAAAAGGCCCAGGAAGAGUGCUCCUCCCUCAGGAUAUGUCCUUCAGAUGGGCCAACACCAGGGCGACAUUCCUUCAGGCCAGUGAUGGAGGACUGAGAAAUGGGAUGACUGUGGAGCUUCAGUGAGAACUGUUAAAGAAAACACUACCAGCAGCUGAAGGAAGAUUUCCAGUUCAACAUGGUCAUCCUGGAGGAGCGAGACCGAGAGCUGGAGAGAUACGACGUCAUAACGACCAGAGCUCUGACUGUGGAGCACAACAGGCAGGAGGAGCUGAGCCAACUCCGUACGCAGGUCGCCAAGUUGGAGGAGCAGAGGGCCAGAGAGGCUGAGGAGAGGCAGGAGGAGCUGAGGAGGAGUCGGGACAGUGCUGCUCAGCACAGGCUGCAGCUGGACCAGCUUAAGUGCUCUAUGGCUGGUGAAAUACACAAGCAAACAGAGGAGUAUGAGAAGAUAAAAUGGAAUUUGCAGCGCAGAAUACAAGAAGUAGAGGGAGAGAUGACCCGACAGAGACAGGAGAUGACAGCAGCUUUUGAGGGUGAGCUCAGACGGCGGGAACAUGAGUUCAACUUGAAAAUGGAUGAGAUGUGUGCUGUGGUGCUGUCUCAUGAACUCAAGGUGAAGCUGCUGUCUAAAGAGACUGAAGUUCACCGUCAGGCUCAGCUUCAGGCGACAGAGACUCUCAGAGCACGUGAGGAGUUCUGUCAGCAGAUACAGACCCAGCUGCAACUCAAAGACCAGGAGAUCAAAGACCUCACUGAUGUCAAGGACCACAGGAUAAAGGAGCUGGUGGAUGAGGUGAACUGGAUGGAAACCAAGCUGAAGAAGAAGGAUUAUGACAGCAUUAACAAAUACAAGAAUGCCGUCCAGGCUCUGAAGGAGUGUGACACACACCGGGAGGCUCAGCGUCAGGCCCACACAGAGCAGCUGCAGAAGGCUGAGAAACACAUUGUCGAACUGCAGGAGAACGUGGAAGCUCUGACUGCACAGAUACGCCGCAUACAGGACGACCAGCAGGAGGCUGUGGAACAGAAAGAUGAGACAAUCCAGAGGCUUUGCACAGAGGUAGAAACAACCCGGACUUGCUGGAACCAGUACAUGAGUGAUGUGUCCAGUGAGAUGGUCGUCAAGGACACAGAGAUGAUCGCCCUGCAGGAGAGAGAAACCAAACUCAGGACCGAGCUGGAGAGGAGCAGGGAGGAGACGGAGAGGUACAAGCAGCAGCUGAGUGCUGGGUUAAAGAGAGAGCAGGCUUUAGAACAGAUGCGUGUCCAGGUGGAGCUGGAGUGGCAGAGACGCUGUGAGGACAUGAAGGCCGAACACUACCUUGCCAAUGAGCAGCUAAUACAAGACCUGACCCAAGCUAGAGAUCAGGUAACAGCAGAGCUGAAGGAGAAAGAAGAAGAGCUGCAGGACCUGACUGUGUUACUACGAUCUGUUAAAACAGAGAGAGACCAGGCGAUGCAGGGUCUCACACCAAAGGUAGACUCUCUGGCAUCAGAAGAGAUCCGUCGUCUGCAGGAGCAGAACAACAUCCUGCGGGCUGUGGUCACCCACAUGAGGAAAGACAUGGAGGGUCUCAGCCACCGCCCACCCCCUCCCCAGGCCCAGCCACAGACCUCCGCUCCUCAGCUAAUUCAGCAUCCAGGAGCCGCUGCAGCCACCUCCAUCACCCCUACAGCUGACACUCAGAUGACCACUGGACCACCUCCCCAAUCCACUGACAUCUCCUCCAAAGUCAGCCCAGCAGGUGGUCAGUUUGCAGAGAAACGUCCUGAAAGCUCUGUUGUGAGGAAGCAGGAGGACAGAGUGACACACACAGAGUCUGCUCUCGCCAACAUCAUGGAACAGGUACUGAAGGAAUCAGGAAACUGGUUGAAGUUGAUCAGUUCCAUCCAGAGUGCACUGGUACAACAGCUCCAACUGGAGAACCUGUAUUUGAAGCAGAGACAGGCCUCAGGUCAGUGUCAGAACGUCCAGGGUGCGAAAAGCCCUCCUGUCAUGCACACCAGGCUGAAGCAGGCAGCGUCCUGUAUCGCCCAUCUGAGCAGAGACAAACAGCAGCUGAUAGAGAUGUGCAACCGCCUUCGUGCUCAGAUCAGCACAGCUGGACUACAGGAACCAGUGGAGCCAGAGAAGGACGCCUCCACAGAGAAACAAGGAGACCAGCAUGACCGGCUGUCUGCUCUGGAGCAGCUGCAGUACCAGCUCACCACACAGGAGCUGCAGUACGCUCUGAGGCAGAGGCUCUGCACUGUUUCUGAACAGCUCCUCCCUGAAGCCGACAACCAAGGUCCUGCUAAAAGAGGGGCUGCCAACCCCUGGUCCCAGGGUCACAAAACCACAGACAGGCCUGAGAGCGCCAGGAACAAAGAGAACACUCCUCCGCUCAGCCGGUCACAGAGCUCAGUGGAUGCGGGUCUGCAGCCGCGCUCAGGUCUGUCCAGGUCUCUGUUGUCAUCAGAGGAAUCGCUGCGAUCGCUGAAGGAGCUGUGGGAGAAACUAGACAAUGCACUCAGUCCAUCUGUUUUCUCAGAAGGUCCAGGUGAGCUGACCAGGAGGGAAGAGGCUGAGUCUGGUGGUGCUGGAGUCCAGAUAAUGGUGCACGGUGUCAGUGCUCCCAUUCAUAGCCAGUCCCAAACUGAAGUCCAGCAGAGGAUGAACCCCUCUAAAACACCAUCACACACCACCAAGACCAGCAGACCUGGAGCCCCUGGAAAGACGAGUAAGAUCCGAAACUACAAUGUAAAAGACUGACACACACAUGUAGGACAGUCUGUCAGUGUACUGGUCAUGUCCCACUCAGCCUGUGACAACUGUUCAAACCUUCUGUGGCUCUGGAGGAGCUUUGUUAAGUCUGAUGACAUCAGGGUUAUCUCAGCCACAUAACAGAAAGUCUGCAUUACAAGCUAGAGGUGUGGAGUUAGAAAAGGGGGUUCUAAUGAAAACACUGUUUUAUUGAAUGUUUUUUAUUGAAGAUGGAUCCAUGCUAGGAACAAGAGUUGCUCUGGUACCAAUACUAGUAUCAGAAAUGCCUCAGAUACUGCCCAAAAUACUGGAAUGGGUAUUGGCCAGUGCAUGAGUCUAUGCACCGAUCUGAUUCUACAUAAUUUAUUAAUAAACUUUACAGUUUCACACCCAGAUAAAAUGCCAGUUUUCCAGGAAAUCAAUUCUUUUUCACUACUGUUCAGCCAAAGGCAACUACCGUUUUAGAGUGGUCAAUAGUGUAACGUUCCACCAAUAAAAGGGCAAUGUGUAAAGUAUGCAAGGCUUUAAUUUCAAGGGGCAGUACUAUUGUCAGGACAACUAGUGUAGGAUGUGUUAUUUAAUCCUAAACUCCUUUUUUAAUGACUGACAGUUGACUUAGAUAAUAAAAGAAAGAUUCUAUGGCAUUCAUGUAUCCAGUCAUGUUUUACAAAGCGUUUAACCUGAGCCAUACAACAAUGACAGCAAUCAUAUCACAUCCACACAGGGUCAGUAGCAUACAGCUGUUAAAAAUAUUUUUAACACAAUUGUUUUGGAUCAGUACUCGAUAUUGGCCGAUGCAUAAGUUCAAGUGUCGGAAUUGGGUUGGAAAAAAUGGUAUCGGAACAUCUCUACAAGGAACUGAAAGUCAGGAUUUCUUGAUUUGUAACAUUAUUUCAUAAGUUUUUUAUGUAAUUACAGCUUCCUCUAAAUGAUCGCGAAGCGCUUAAAGAGAAAUGCACUCCAAAUUAAGAAAUGCUACAAACAGAAAAACACUAAAUUCAUAAUUGUAUUUUCAGAGUAUCAGAGCUCAUGUGUCUGAGCAGUUAAAGACCACAAUAAAUAGGCUUUAUUGUGUAUAAUUCUAUUUUUAAAUGUAUUCUUCAAGGCCAUUUUGUAUGUUUCAUUGCCCUGUAAUAACAGUUCCAACAUUUAUUAUUCAAAUUGUCUUGUUUCAUUGAUUGAACUCAGUGGCUACACAUGCAAAUCUGACUGUGACUCAUCAGAGAAAAGAUGCUAAUGUUGCCCACAAAGUCCAGUAAAGUUGCUAAUGCAGCCUUGACUAAAGAUAUGGUGCCUGGGCAGCUCAUGGUUAAAGCACAGACCAUGGAGUGCAGCUUUGUUGGAUGUCAUCUUCAAUCUCUCUCUUCACUCAUUUCCUCUCAUCUCUUAUGGAAGCAUACAGACGAUGAAAGCUCUGAGAAAGCACAAACCAGGAACAAACUAGGAACUAUAACAGAAUAAGAAAGUCAAACCAAUUUCUCUGAGAUCAGUGGUUAAAGAAGACAUUCACUCAGUCAGCUUGGCAUUCAAAGAACUAACUUUUGCGGUGAUAAAUCGACCAACAGAGUUUUAGAAACAUUCUGUUAAAGGGUUUUUACCCUCAACAGUAAGAAGAAAAUAUGUUUUAAGGAAUUUAGAAUUAAAAAGUUUAAGAAUAUAAGGAAAAGAUAUGUUUAAUUUCCACUUCCUUCUAAAAUAAAUGAGGCUAACUUAUUUUAAAUUUUUAAAUGAGAUUUAUCCAACAAACUAAUUCUUAAGACUGAGAUUAGAUAUUAAUGUGAAUACCUGUGUAUUUUGUGAAAGGGAAAUUGAAUGUUUUGAACAUUUUUCCACUAGGAAACAAUGUCCUGUUUUACUGGAGUGAUAUGGAGCUGUCACCCUUCACUAUGAAGACAGUCACUUUUGGUGUUUUUAAAUGUAAACAGGAAUUUGGACUUUGGAAUCAUCUUGUUCCUGGGAACUUACUUUUUUAUUCAUGAAUAUAGUUUUUAAAGACUAAAGUCAAUUAAGAAGAAUGUGUUAAAACUUCUGAAGAACUGUAAGUUGUUAAAGAAGAAAGGUCUUACAUUGUUUUCAUUACUAGAUGUGUUCAAGCUCAUUUGAGGUAAGACACACCUACUACCUGAGCCUCGGGUUGGAGAGGCUGGACUCGGAGCCUACAGGUGGAUGUGGAUGGAGAUGGAGAUGGGGCCCUUGAAAUGUUGACAGCAGUAGUAGCAGCAAGUAGCAGCAUCAUUUGCAUGAGCAGUUUGGCAGCAGGCAUGCAGCUACAGAAUGAGCACAACACGGAGACUUAAAUACACCGCCAUGAUUAAGAGGGUGCGUUGGUUGUGUGUUGCAGUGGUAGGAGCAUGUCAUGUGAAUGUAGCAGCAGACUCCUGCUGAGCUGCCUGAACUAGCAGGUCCCUUCAUUUCUGUGAUUUUGCAUUCCGGCUAAUUUACUUUUAUUAAACAAUAUGGGCUAUGAACUUAAUUUAUAUUAAAUAUAUUAACUGAAAUUCAUUUCUAUAAAAUAUGUUCUAAAAAUAUGUUUAGUGAACAAUAUGUGCUAUAAGAUUUAUUUCUACUAAAAAAUAUGGGCUAUGCAGUUCCAUUUAUUAUUAUUUAUUACAAUUAUGUAUUUAUUAUUAUUAAUUUAAUAUCCAUAAAGAAACCGUUUAAACUGAAAUCUUGUACUUGCUGUCCAUCACUGUUUGUCAAACAGUCUAUAAAUAAAGCUUCCUGUCUGCUUCA